AUGGAAAACAGCGAUAAUGGCAUUUUGUUGGCUGCAGCGUUGUGUUCUUUUGUCAGCCUCGAUGAAAACACUGCAAGUUGUCGGUCCAAGGCUGUGGUGUCAGCGGGUGAUGUUAACUCUCUAGCAGUACAUACCUUUCCAGUGUGUCCUGCUCAUCUCAGGGUUCUCCAGCUGGCUGAGGAGCUGAAAUUUGCCCUGGAAGGACAGAUAUGUGCAGAGGACAAGGAGACCCUGCUGAGACAAAUGCCCUCUGCCACGGCUCACGCUCUGCUGCUGUGGAUUGACAGGAGAUCAGAGAUUUCAAGAGAUGUGGUAAAGGUGUCUGUCCCCCUGGCUUUGGACCCUCUAUGGCCGAGGCACAGCAUAUACUCAUCUUGUAGGGGCUGCAGGUCGAGUUGCCAGAGGAAUUCGAGAGAGGUCAAUGUGCAAGGCUCAGGCAAUGGUGAGAGCUACCAGGAGCAACUGUCUCGUCUAGAAGAAGAUAAAGAGUCUCUUGUGUUACAGGUGAGUGUGUUGACAGAUCAGGUGAAGGCUCAGGGAGAGAAGAUCAGAGACCUGGAGAAUUCUCUUGUGGAAUAUCAGCACAAGCUCAACUCCACUGAGGAGAUGCUUCAACAGGAGCUUCUGAAAAGGAGUUCUCUAGAGUCACAGAAGCUAGGGUUGAUGGAGGAAGUGUCCUGUCUAAAACUGAAGCUGGAGAACAUGGAAGAGAAACACAUCAAGAGUGCUGAGAGACAACAUAAAGCUGAGAGUGUAGUGAAUCUGAUUAGCGAGCUUCAGGAGCAGAUGUGUAGGAUUCGGCAGGAGAUCUCUAGUAAGAUCCAAGAGAAGCCAGCGGAGAUGGUCCCAGAGGAAGGCUGUGGCAGUGAGCCAGCGCAUGCCUCUCUGACUGAGCCAAAGCCAGUGAACCUGCUUCAGGAGCUCAAGAUGCUCAAGCAUCGAGUUGACGAGCUGAAACAGGAGAAGAUGCAGUACGAGCAGAAGCUCAAGGUGACACAGGCAGAGAUCAUGAGUUUACAGCAGCUGUUGAGCUGUAAGAACUCUGAGAUAGAGAGUCUACAGGCUCAACUGCUCUCCAGAGCUCCAGUGUCUGUAGACAGCGCAGAAAGAGAGGAGAUAUACAGAAGGAGACUCAACACCAAACAUCAGGAGCUACAAAGGCUGAAGACAGGAAUGGAAUCACUUAUUUCAGCAAAUGAUGAAAAGGAUCGUCGAAUAGAAGAGCUCACUCUCCUCCUCAGCAAGUUCAGACAAAUGAAUGACAUCAUGACUUUAGUUCAAGACCCAGAAGACAAAUCAGCACAGAUAAGCAGUGAAGAUGGAAAACAGAAUGGGACUGUAAAGAUGAAGACUUUAACACAUAAAGCUCAUGCUGAGUUGACCUUUAGUAGCUCAUCUCCUCUGCUGUUUUCUUCAGUUUCUUCUCAGAAAGAUGCAAACCCCAGGUCCAUCAGUAUGGAAGACUUUGAAGGCAGCUCAGCACAAAAGGUUGUGGAUGGGAAACUGGUAGAUCAUGUUCUUUCAGAGGAGACUCGACCAGCUGAUAACAAACAUCCGACACACCUAACAGUGUUGAGUCACCCAGAGAAGGGAGAGAGUGAGGCGAGUGACACAUCAGACCAGAGGACACCAGAGAACAAGGAUGAAGACAUCAACCUUAGAAUUACAGAGAAAAUGAAGGACAUGACCAAUUCUGACCUUUCUUCAGUGUCUUCUGGAGUUGACUCUGGACAGCAGUCUCCUGUGUUACAAGAAAACGUCAAAAAUAGCAGCAUAUGCAAACUUUGGGGAAAGAUGAAGAGGACAGGUGUGCUGUCAGAUGACAUUGAGCCCACUCAGUUCAAGAGAGGAGGGUUCAGGGCCACAGCUGGGCCUCGGCUAACACGGACCCCUGAUUCUGGAUGCUCAUCCCGUGCACACACACCUUUCUCUAAGUGGACGACUGAGCAGGUGUGUGGUUGGCUGGAGGACAUUGGUUUGGGGCAGUAUGUCAGUUUGGCACGUCAGUGGGUGGACAGCGGACAAACCCUCCUCUCUGCCACUCCGCAGGAGCUUGAGAAGGAGAUUUGUAUUAAACAUCCUCUGCACAGAAAAAAGCUGCAAUUGUCUCUCAGAGCUUUUAGUUACAAGACGAUGGAGAAAUAUUCAGAACUGGAUCACAUCUGGGUUACACGUUGGCUUGAUGAUGUCGGUUUACCACAGUACAAAGAUCAGUUCUAUGAAAGCAAGGUUGAUGGCCGCAUGCUACAGUACCUAACAGUGAAUGAUCUCUUGUUCUUGAAAGUCACCAGUCAGCUCCAUCAUCUGAGCAUUAAAUGUGCCAUCCAUGUCCUCCACGUUAACAAGUUUAACCCAAACUGCCUGAGACGCAGGCCAGGGGAUGAAAAUAAGACAUCUCCAUCUGAGGUGGUGCAGUGGUCCAACCAUCGUGUGAUGGAGUGGUUGAGAUCGGUGGAUUUGGCUGAAUAUGCUCCAAACCUUAGAGGUAGCGGCGUUCAUGGAGGCCUAAUUAUCCUGGAGCCUCGCUUUCAGUCAGAGACCUUGGCCAUGUUGCUCAACAUCCCUCCACAGAAAACCCUCCUCAGACGCCACCUCGCCACUAACUUUAACUCACUGGUGGGGCCUCAGGCCCAGCAGGAGAAACAGGAGUUUGCCAAUGCCAGUGGGCAUGCACCACUUACCACCACUGCCAAAGUCAGGCCAACGAAGCUUGGUUUUACUCAUUUCCGACAACUAAGAAAGCUCAGAGUGGAUGAAUCAGCAGAUUAUAUCUGCCCCAUGGAUACAGGGACCCCACCAGCCCUGAGUGGGACACCAAAGCGGACUUAUGGAAGCUUCAGGGGCAUCAGCCCCAACCUGGCCAGAGACUCAGACAGACUGGAGAAGGCUGGGUCUAAGAACUGAUUCAUUGCUUCUUCAAUUUAGCCAUUCUUAGCCAAACAAUGCAGUGCUUACUGCCAGUAACACCAUAAACUGCCAGCACUGAAGUAACUCCACCCUGCUGCCUGAAGAACUUCAGCAUUAACACCAUCAAUCAGGAAAAGCCCAGAACUGAUUCUUCAGUGCAUCAUCCUGGAAAUGACUGACC